AUGGUGAUAGUUGAAGCAAAAUAUCGUGCUUCUGAAGAAGAUGAAAUGUUUUAUGAGCUCAUAGUGCGUUUGUGCGUGCCUCAAAAGUUUAGUGUAUUAGAAAUAUGGCUGUCAUCAAAAUAUCAUUCAGCAUUAAUGGCUUAUGAAAUGAAGCAGAUCAUUACAUCUUCUAUUAACAACUAA